CUUGGUUUGGUAGCUUGUGGCUGACAAGAUAUCAACAAGUAUCAAUUUAUGUUUUGAAUUAGAAACUCUUGUUGAUGAUUCUUUGAUUCUUUUAAAGGCGUGUGUGAAUUUUUCAUAUUCUAUACUGUAGUGUUUUUCAUUUUAGUGUUACCAUUCUGGUUGGAUAAGAUAGCAUCUUGUCAACAAGGUUGUCAUGUCUCAUGUUCCUUUCCUGUUCACUUUGAAAUCUUUUCUUCACUGCUACUACUUCAUUUAUUGAGCUUUCAUUCUUCACAAGUUUUCACAACAUGUGAAGAUUCUUUGGAACUGUUGUGGAUGAGUUUGCUCCAUGUAAUUGGGUUUGGUCUAAAAGAUCAAUUUAUUGGGGAGAAGAUAUUGGGGAGUGUGUGUAGAAUUAAUCAGCAAUAUUAUCAGUGUAUUGGGUUUAAAAAAGUUAGGAGAAAGUUAUGGAGGAAAUUGUUGUUGACAUGGGUUUUGGGUUAGUGUAUAGUGUCUUUGUGGAUCUUUUGUUUUAUGAAUCUGCAAGUUACUGAGAAGAGGAAAGAGACUCUUGCUAGUAUGUGUGAUGAAAGAGCUAGGAUGCUACAAGAUCAAUUUAAUUUGUUUUUCGUAUAAUCAUCAGAGGGAUUACUCCUUUCUCCCAGCACUUUGCAGCUGAACCAACACCAUGGAGGGACAAUCUUCUAAUGAAGGUUCCAGUACCGGCAAUGUCUCAGCAGACUCUUCUGAUUCAACUGUUCAGCUCAAUAUUAAAACUUUAGAUUCCCGCAUCUACAGUUUUCAAGUUGAAAAAAAUAUACCCGUUUCCUUGUUCAAAGAAAAAAUUGCUAGUGAAAUAGGUGUACCGGUUAAUCAGCAACGACUCAUAUUUAGAGGAAAAGUCCUCAAGGAUGAACAUGUCCUUUCUGAGUAUCAUGUUGAGAAUGGGCAUACGUUGCAUUUAGUUGAAAGACAGCCAAAUCCGCCUCAGACUUCUGGUGCGGGUUCCGUUGAGACAACUAGUACAAACAGUAACCGAGGAAACGGUGCUGGAUCAGGAGCUCCUCGUAACCGUGUUGGCCAAAUUUCACACAGCGUGGUUCUUGGGACUUUUAAUGUGGGGGAACAAGUUGAAAGCACUGCUCAAGACCUUACUAGGGUUUUUGCUUUGGUUGGUAUUCAAAUUUUUUCUUUCAAAUUCUAUAUGCGCUUCGGUAUUCUGUUGACUACUGCUACAACAAACGUGAAGAUAAUGAAGUUAUCUAUCCCUUAA